AUGGACCGCUACCAACGAGUGCCAGUGCCUCGGGAGCCGGAGGAGCACGCCGAGAAUGAGGUGCGCAUCACGUCGCAGGGCAAGAGCCGCAGCUACAUCUCCUAUGGCACCACCCUGCUGUCGGAGAAGGGCCACUCCUCGGUGGUGCUCAAGGCCAUGGGCAAGGCCAUCAACAAGACUGUCACCAUAGCCGAGAUCACGAAGCGGCGCAUCGCGGGGCUGCACCAGGUCACCGCCAUCAGCAGCGUGGAGCUGCAGGACAGGUGGGAGCCCAAGGAGGAGGGGCUGGAUCCCAUUGAGACCACCCGUCAUGUGUCCGUCAUCACCAUCACACUCUCCAAGGCGCCGCUGCCGGAGAGCGAGGUGCGGCCGCUCCAGGAUGAGGAGCACCUGGCGGGGGAGGCGGACGGCGAGGGGGAGGAGGGGGGCUACCACCGGCGUGGGCGAGGCGGGCGCGGCAGGGGCCGCGGCCGCCGCGCGCCGCCCCGCACAGGCGACCCCGCCGCCGAUGCUGCUGCGGCGGAAGGUUACGAGAAUGGCGGGCGUGGCAGGGGCAGGGGCAGGGGCAGAGGCAGGGGGCGGGGGCGUGGAGGCCGCGGCCGGGGCCGAGGCGAGGAUUCAGCGCCGCCGGCAGAGGGCGGCGCCGCGGCGCCGCCGGCUGCCGCGCCCGCAGCAGCAGCCCCUGCCGCCGCCGACGGCGCCGCGGCAUGA